AUGGCGACCCCAACCGCUCUACCACCUCUCCCCUUCAACCCGUCGCGCGUUCGAUCAUACCUGGUGCGGUUGCCGUUGUUCACGCGACUGGUACUGUUGGUCAUUCUUGUCUUUUGGCUUUUAGAGUUCCAGACGGUUUGGAGUGUAGUGCAAUGGGGAGCACUGAUUCCCGAUGAGUGUAAUCUGGGCACGAUGUACCGAUUGAAUACCUACCCUCUGAUCCACACCGGAUUUUUUCACGCAGCACUGAAUACUCUGGCUCUUACACCACUCCUGGAGCGGUUCGAGGCGGAACAUGGCACCCUUACUGCGGUCGCCCUUUUCCUGGGACCGUUGUCGACUCUCCCCGCAGGUAUUUAUCUUUUGGUUGAGAAGGCGAUUUUGCAUUGGAAUACCCCGAUUGUUGGCUCAAGUGUUUGGGUCUUUUUGCUUUUGGGCUCUGAGGCCAUUCGGACAUUCAAGUCCCACCCGUACUUCAGCCUCGGCCCGUACAAGAUUCCUACCUGGACCUCGCCUCUGUUUGCAUGUGUUGUGUUGUCCAUCCUUGUGUCCAAUGUGAGCUUUUUGGGACAUCUUUGUGCAAUUCUCGUGGGCUAUCUCUUCGGCCUUGGAUACCUCAAGGUCUUUGUGCCCCCAGAGAAGAUCCUGCGAUGGAUUGAGGGCAAGCUCAAUCUCUUGGGCCGCCUGCCUCACUAUGUCUCAGUGGACCAGAAGACAUAUGGCCGAUAUGGGGUCCUGCCAACUGCCAACACCGCUGGCAAUGGGAAUGCAACCCCCUUGAGCUACUUGGGGUCCACGCAGCGCCUGGGCUCAUAA